AGGGGGAUUUGUUGUGCAGACCUGGCAACCCUGCGACGCUGGCCAUUCCGGCAUGUUUUUAUUUACUACUACAAAGUCGCCGAAAUAAUGUACGCCUUUUGACAAAGUACGAGCUUCGCCAAGAGUCCAUUAUGCUGUACUUAAAAACCUCCCAACUAAAUCUGUGCAGACGCUGUUUCACAGAGAAAUUGUUAUGGAGAAGAGAACUGUCUACUACACAAAAUCUAUCAAGGACAAACCUUGCCCAUCAAAACAUUUUGUCACAUUUCCCUCAUGCAAAGAAGAAUGCUGUAUUUCUUUCACAAUUUGUUUAUUGUCCAGCUGCAUUCAUAAGAUGUGGUGGAACAAGAGGGCUGUUUGGAGGCCGUGGCAGUGUUCACCAGCAGACCCUGAAGGACAUUGCAGAAAAUAUCAGAGAACGCAAGUUCAAAAGAAUCGUGGUGAUGGCAGGGGCCGGCAUCAGCACACCCAGUGGAAUCCCAGACUUCAGAUCGCCUGGCAGCGGUCUUUAUGACAACCUUCAACAGUACAAUCUGCCCUACGCUGAGGCCAUAUUUGAAAUAAAUUACUUCCAUCACAAUCCAAACCCCUUUUUCGAUCUAGCCAAAGAACUUUAUCCUGGUAAUUACCAACCCAAUCUGACACACUACUUCAUUCGCCUGCUUCACGAUAAGGGGCAGCUUCUCAGGAUGUACACGCAAAAUAUUGAUGGACUAGAACGAAUGGCUGGCAUUCCCCCAAAAAUGCUGGUGGAGGCGCAUGGAACAUUUGCCACGGCCACAUGCACAGUUUGCCGAAGGGAUUACAAGGGAGAGGAACUCCGGAAUGAUAUCAUGGAAGGAAAAAUACCCAAAUGCCCUACUUGUAAAGGAAUCAUCAAGCCUGACAUUGUGUUCUUUGGUGAGGAGCUUCCUCAGCAGUUCUUCAGCUACCUCGCAGACUUCCCAAUAGCAGACUUACUCAUUGUCAUGGGAACAUCUCUAGAGGUGGAGCCGUUCGCCAGCCUGGCCGGUGCUGUGCAUGGUUCUGUGUCACGGCUCCUGAUAAAUCGAGAUCUCGUGGGGCCGUUCGCCUGGGGGUCCCAACGUCACAAUGACGUGGCUGAGCUGGGUGACGUAGUUAGUGGGGUAAAAAAGCUGGUGGAGCUUCUUGGCUGGAAGCAGGAAUUAGAAGCCCUGAUGAAUGCUGGCGGAGACGAGGCUUCAAUUAACAAGGAGUGAACAACCAAAUUUCAUCUUGACAUGAGAUCUGGAGACCCAGAAUGGGAUUGAUUGUUGGUUACCCCCCGUCGGGCCAAUCAUUGAGCUCUUUCUCAGUAGUGAGCAUGCACAAGUGGGAGUGAGUUUCCUUUGUUAAUGAGGUGUACUAAUUAAACUGUAAAUGCAUGAAUGUUUCAUGAAUCUGCAUGAUAUGUGUAUCUGACAUUCAGCAUCUGGCUCAUCAUUGUGUAUCAGACAUUGCCACCUUGAGGAAUAAAGGUGAAUAGCACUUUGA